UCAGAUAUGCAGAAUAUUCAUGACUGACGGUCAUGGCUUUCGCCGUCAUAGUGUCACCUUCCCAUCUGACAAUCUCUCCCUGUAGCAAGCAGCCGUCUUUCCUUUUCAGGAACCCUAGAUUCCCUUCCUUUCAACCCCUUUUUGCCUCUCGACGAAGAACCCCGAAUUUCACUCAGGUAACUUAUAAUCUUCCGGAUGGCCCGCACAAUUGGAGCCGUUCGAUUGCUACCGAUUUCUACGAUGAUCAAGAAGUAGACGACGAUGAAGACGAUGAUCGAAGUUUGGAUCUGUUAGUUAAAUUUGUUCAAAACGUUUUUAGAAAGAUUUCUAAACGAGCAAGGAAAGCCGUUCGAUCUGUUUUGCCUGUCUCCAUCCCUAGUAAUCUGGUGGGAUUCUCCGUUAAUGGUGUCCUGAUUCUGGCAUUGUUGUGGGUUUUAAAGGCAUUUCUUGAGGUGGUUUGCACUCUCGGAAGUGUUGUGUUUGUAAGCAUCUUACUCGUACGUGGCAUUUGGACCGGCGUACUCUACAUGCAAGAAAUCCGUGAACGGAGAAUUAGUGAACUUGUCGAUGACCGACGCACGUGGAGUGGUACACUGCCUGCCACCUGAUUUCCAAUUUUUAGGUGAGGACAUUGGCAGAGAUAGUCUUGAAUACAAUCUACAUACUUGGGUGCAUAAUUAAGGAAAUGCCAACUUUAGCCAACAAUUAGGUUUGCCGUUGUUUUAACUUUAAAACGAUAUAUGUUGAAGGGAUGCAAAUUACCUGAGAAACUAUAUCAGAAACUGUAAUAAAAAAUAGAUGAAAGACAUUAAGAAUCAGAGUUGAAAGGCUUUUAUGUAUGGAGAUCCUUAAUGAUUC